UGUGAAUUCCGAUAUCCCGGCUAUAGCUGGAAAUUCCAAAAAUCUUCAGGUAGAACGUCCUGCUUCUUGCCUAGAAAACACCCGGUAUUCCCCAUAAACACCGGCGGGAAUAAAUUGUCUUUGUGUUCUUAAAGUAGACGGAUGGAUCGCAGUCUGCGCUGAAACUUGGAACAGUUUGGAAGAAGAGGACGAUUCAACCAGGAUGGAGUCACUAAAGAGCCAAAUCCGUGGAGUGCUGAUUUCCAAUCGGAAGCAAAUGACCGUGCAAAAUCUGAUGGCGGACUUUAAAUCGCUAGAGGGUGAGGACAUUCCGUACAAGCAGUUUGGCUUCAAAACUCUGGAAGAUUUGCUACGCACGAUGCCGGAUGUUUUGCGGGUGCAAGGGUACGGCCGGCAAGCAACCAUUCAGCUGGUACUUACCAAAACCACCGAGCACAUGAGGGAGCUUGUAGAGAAGAGCAAGAACUCGCCCCAGGCCAAUUGCAACUGGAAUAGGCAAAAUAUUCCCGCCCGAAGACAGCUCAUGUCCUGGGUCCAUCCCGCAUCUGACCAUCGUUCUAACGAAAAGCAUAACGCGCCGCAGCCGGAGAAAAACAAUUUCUAUCACAAUCCGCUCACGGAGAAAAAUGCCAAGAGGAUGAUCGAGAUUGUCGCUAAAAAUGUUGACCACUUGAUUAGUGAAGCACCGGUACAGGUGAACAACGGCCGAGCGGAAAAUGCAACUAUAAAAAGUAAACUGGAGGUAUCGGAGAAGAACAGCGAGGCGCCGGAUACCGAAAACAAACAGCUGCCGGCAUUCGUCCCUUGCACAACCGCAUCCUUUCAAGAUGAUACUACUACCGAGCAAAGCGAAGAAAACAACAUCGACAUCUUCGAACCCCUGCCUUUAUCUGUAAAAAUCGGAUCGCUGGUGCCUGCAUUAUGCGUUUCGCCCGUCAGUACCCCUCACUGUAUCCAUGUACAGUUGCAACAAAACGUAGCAAAGCUGCACUCUAUGUCCCUUCAAAUGCGGGCAUGUCAUGAAGAUCGCUUCAUCAGCGCCAAUAGUAAUGGUUCUCAAAACAAACCUAAGCAUAUUAGGCCUGGAAAGUAUUGUUCUGUUAAGGAUAAUGAAGAUUGGUUCCGUGGAUUGAUCCUGAGUCGUCCUGAGGGUGGAACAACUAAGGUAUACUUCAUCGAUUCCGGAGCAGUAAAUCUAGUCCCGACGACGAAUGUGUUCCAUCUGCCAAACAAAUAUCGAUUCCCCCGACAAUUAGUCGGUGUGACUAUGGGCGACAUUAAACCGAUCGGCGACAGGUGGAGCGAAGGGGCAUUACGUUACAUCAACCAAGCCAUAGCCCACAAAAGGAUGCACAUGCUUAUAAGGGCUAUCGACGAGAAGACCAAAACGCUGGACGCUGUGCUGAUCGAUUCGACCGGACCUGAGGAUGUUAUUUUAAGCCGCGAACUUGUACGACGACGGGAAGCGAUCUGGUGCGAUCGAAAGUGCGGAAAAGUUGCUAGCAUGGACGAAGAUAUCGCUACGGUGAAGAGUAGGUUGCGUGCGCUGUUGAUAUCGAGCGGCAAAAGCCGUAUGAGCUUGAAGGAACUGGCCGAAGAGUUCCGUCAAACGGAAGGAGAAGCGAUACCGUACGCCAAUUUUGGAUUCCGCACGAUCGUGGACUUUGCGCGCAGCAUCUCGGAUGUUUUGCAAUUACACGGCCGUCCCGACGAUCAGGACGCGCUGGUCAGCGUCGUGGCGAAUGCGACUGUUAGUCACAUCCAGUAUCUAGUGGGGCAAAAUAAGAAAAACAGCAAACCAAAGAAAAGCGGCUUCACGGCUAAGAAGGUGCCAUCAACGUUCCACCUCCAAAGGGCAAAACAAAUCGAGAAGCUACCAAGUCAAAGCGCCAAAAAUUAUCGUUCACCUGCAACGACAGCACCGUACAAGAUUCCCACGAAUCAGCAGAAGCCGAUCACCGGAUGUACGAAGGCGAAUAACCAACAGGCAAAACAGUACGAGAGGCCUAUACCAAACCAAAACGGUAAAAACUAUCAUCAACCUGCAGCGGCAACACCAAACAAGUCUCCCAAGAAUCAGCAGAAGCAGUAUACGGGGAGACGUACGAUGAAUGCCAAUACCUCGCCGACAUCGGCUGCCCAACCGACAUCCGUUCAGAGUCGAAUCAAUCAACUUAUCCCCAAAGAGAUGAGCAUAGAUUGGAUUAAUUGUUUGAAUAUUCCACCGGAUGUUAUGGGCCUCGGAUGGUGCAUGGAAAUGCCACUGGUCGAGCGUUUAUUUAAGCCCAAGGCAAAGCAACCCGUGACCGUCCUCUCGAUAGUUAAUCCCAAUCGACUGUGGAUCACUACGUCCUCGCUGCAAAGUGUAUACGAUGGAAUGUCGAAGGACUUACAGAGCUGUUACGGCGAUCCAGCCGCCGUGAACAGAUGGGACCUCCAGGCCGCUCAUGUGUGCUAUGGGUUGUACUGUGCUGCACACUGGCGAGAAAAGUGGCACCGUGCCCAGAUAGUGGGUCCACUGCAAAGCGGCAGCCAGCUUGUGAAGCUUCGCUUCAUCGAUUAUGGACGAACGGAGCUAGUACACCUGAGCUCCAUCAAGUAUCUCGUUAAAAGCUUUCAAUCUUUUCCGGCAUGUGCUGUAAGAGCAUCCUUGGCCUAUAUCAUACCAAGGGAGCACUACUGGAAUCGGAAUCACGUUAAACGGCUUUAUUCGCUGCUUCUUCCCCACGUCACAUACACUGCUUACAUUGUUGAUGCUAACCCAUCGACACAAGCAGUUGAUAUUAUCCUGUACGAUCCCACGGGGACCCAAAAUAUCAAUCAACUUUUAGCGAAGAGCAUAAGCGGCAGGUGCGUGAGCAACAUUCCCGAAAUCUUUGAUAUUGCACAGUACCGUAACAGGGUGAAGUGUUACAGCGAGAGUCACCCAAGUUUCCUCGAUAUCGAAGAAGGUCGAUAUCCGUCAGUGGACGAGCUGGAGCGAUCGUUUUUGCGUGGCUUCGAUUAUGACCAGCACUACGCACAGUGCAUACACGAUCAAGCGGUCAAACAAAAAAUAUUCGAAGAGCACAAGCUUACGCUCGAACGCAUUCUGUAUAAGUAUAUUCGGUCGGCGACGAACCCAUUCGCUUGUUUUUCUUCAUAAUACCCGGCUUUCAUCGGAUACUUACGCUGACCAGGCUGUUGUAGGAAUCGUCAACCACCUUGAUGUCUUCGACGGCCAGACGGGUGAUGCAGUUGUAACGGUACUCCUCUAUGCUGACCAGAC